GGCAGUGACAUAAGGAAUAGCAUUCAGAAUUCAGAACAAGCAAGAACACGUCUGAAUAAAAUACACUAAAUGCAGGAAGUGUUUUGAAGUACGUUAACUUAUUGAAAUAGUCAGCAUCUCUCAUUCUGAAUCCACGGUGACACAUUUGAGAUCAGAAACCAUGGGUGUGAGCGGACUUACAACUUACAUUGAAAGAAAUAAGGAACAGUUUUAUGAGGAACGAAAGCUAAAAAACACCAAACUUGUAAUUGAUGGAGCCAGCUUGGUCAACAAUUUCUACAUCAAAUCAGACUUGGACUGGCAGCACGGGGGAGAAUAUGAGUCCUUGGCAAACCUCAUCCAACAGUUUUUUGAGGCCCUUACUGCCUGCAAAAUUGAGCCCUAUGUUGUGAUGGAUGGGGCGAUGGAUUACAGUGGCAAGAAAUUUGAAACGCUAAAAGAGCGAACCCAGGGCAGGAUCAAAGAGGCUGCCAAUAUGUUAAAAAAGAAGCCAGGGCAGUCCCAAGGUCGUCCCUCCACACUCCUCUCUGGAACGGUCUUCAGACAGAAGCUGUCCAGCCUUAAAGUCCCCUUUAUCCGGUGCAUGUUCGAGGCAGACCAAGAGAUUGCCUGCUUGGCCAAUCAGUGGAAUUGCCCAGUGCUAAGCAAGGACAGUGAUUUCUAUAUCUUCGACUUGAAGGGUGGGUACAUCCCCUAUGACUUUUUCAACUGGCGCAACAUGAGCCAAAAGACCGGGGAAUAUUACAUUCCAGUCUCCCAAUUCUAUAUCAACAAUUUCUGUGCCUGCUUCAAUGACAUGAACAAAGAGCUGCUCCCUCUCUUUGCGGUGAUAGCUGGCAAUGACUAUACCAGCCAAGGGUCCAUGUAUAAGUUUUUCAGCCUGGUUGACUUCUCGCAAGUGGCCCAGCCUGCACACAGCAGGACACACGCCCGCAUCGAUGGCCUGCUCCAUUGGCUGUCCCAGUUCUCUGGGCCGCAGGAAGCGAUGGACGCAGUUCUUAAGAUUGUCGGGAAUAGUGACCCCAAUAUCAACCAGGACCUGCUGUCCUCCGGGAUGCAGGAGUACAAACUCUCCCACAGCAACCUGGCGCGGUACUUCACACACGGAGCUGCGGUGACCAACCUCCCAGAGCCUGUGAGACACUUGCCGAAAUGGCUCCUGACUGGACUGACCAGCGGCCACUUGCCCUCCUUCAUUCUUGACGUCCUGGUGCUGCAGAAAACCAUACUGAAAGUGCAGGUGGAGAACUUCAAAUGUCCCAGCAGCCACACAACCUCCCUGCCAAUCCGUCAGGUCUUCUAUGGCCUGCUUCUGCAUGGGCGUAAGCAGGGGGAGACCAAAAAUCCAACUGAAUGCAGCCUGCUUCACCAUGUGCAGGAGUUUGACAGGCAGGAUGACAAAUUGAGGGAAGUCUCAGUUAAGGUCAUUCCCCCAGAUAACAUCCAGAAACUGCCUCUGGAGACACUGAAUGAGGUGCAGUCAAAUGUCCGACUCGACGUUCUCCUGAUGACUCUGGGAGUAGACAAGUCUAUUGCUAUAACCAAUCGCCCCCACCUCAAUUUACCUCUGUGUGUUACCUGCUACUGGAUAACCAACUCUGAGCCUAAACCUAGCCUGCAGAUGGUCCAGGCUCUGCUGCUGGGCAUUGUGUAUGGAGAACUCCAGAGAGGGCCAGCGGCUGAGGAUCCAGGUGUGACGGCAGUCUGUGAUAGUCUGGGCAGGCUACGGGUUGGGGCAAAGAAAAGGCCUGACUUGGACGUGGCUCACGCUUACAGCCAGUGGCAGUCCUGCCUGUUGAUGAGCAUCUACCUGAACCAGCUGCUUUGCUGUCCAAUUCCAGAGCUAGAGUGUGCCUGGCUGUACAGUGGGACAUUUGUGCACGGUGCCGUGAAGGAGAUGAAGAAGAAGAACAGUACCCCAGAGGUUCUGCUGAGAGGAGCCCCCUUUCUUGCACAGCUCUACAGGGACAUCCAAGUGGCGGUGCAGGGCUCUGUGCAUGCUGACUUUUUCAGACCCCUGUCCAGGGAGAGGGUGAAUGCCAGUAAGGAAGUUCAGGCGGUUGGAGCCACACAGAGCUUUUGCUCCUACAACAAGUACGAUGCACUAGAUAAUGAUGUUAAUGAAUCGUAGGCAGCACUCAUUUUUAAUGUUGCAGUUUUAGGAGGAGACUGUUGCAGGUUUCGGAGAAGACAAAUUGUCAUUUGUAAUUACAGCUUAGGAAAUGCUUGCCAAUUUACGCUGUACUUAGAAUUACAUUUUAAUAGUAUAACUGGAAAGGAGUUUACUUUUGCAAUGUAUUUAGAUAUCAUUAUUUUUAAUACUGCAUGUACAUGCACAGGUAUUACAGUAUAAUGCAUAAAACUUGAUACUGUAGGAAAAAUUCACAGAACAAGAUGUUCUAACUCUGUUUUAUGACAAUCAAUCACAAGUCAAAAUCAGACUAAACCGUCAAACUGUCAGAGUUGAGCAAGCUGGUUCCUCCAAAACUCUUAAAGUUUCAUGCCAAAAGUAUUCCAAUAUGUAUGCGGCCUAUAAUCAAUAUAUAUCACAUUUUCUGCCUAUUACUCAUGUAAUCAAUAUGUAAGCCAAUUAACCUAUAUCAUUAAUUACGGAUGAGCUUAUGGAAAUGCAAGAAACCACAGUGUCAACUGUAGAAUAUGUAAUCCAAUGAACCUAUGUCAUUAAUUACAGCUGAGCUAAUGGAAAUGCAAGAAACCACCAUUAAUCAAAUAUUAAAGUAUGAUUGAGUAUGUCUGUAUAUUUUCAAACUGGUUAACUGCUAAUUUGUGCUAGAAGUAUAGUGACCCAUAUGUAACCUGAAUUUAAUAAAUAAUGUGUAUGCUUAAAAGGAAAAUUAGAAAGUACAGAAUAACAUUAAUCUUUUAUGAUUCCUCUUUGUUAAAAAACAGGGCAGGAUGUCUUGCGUUGUGGGGGUGGGCUAUCUUUGUCAAGGACAGUUUGCAGAACAGCUGUAUGCCUGUACAAUGCGAUAAGAACAUUUAUUUUUAAGAAUAGCUUAUAAUGCAACAUAUCAUUUCUUUUUGAGCUUAUGAUGCAAAAUGUCAAUUAUUUUGGACAAGAGAACAUUUAAGAAUAGCUUACAAAACAAACGUCAUGUUUAAAGAAAACAUUCAUUUUUAGAGAAUAGCUUACAAAGCAAAAUUGUGACGAGAGAACAUUUCUUUUUAAAUAGCUCACAAAGUUAAAUUAUAAUUUGGGCGAUUGCCACAAUGAUGUUGGCACUCAAGAGUGCUGAAAUCAUUGUGGCGUGUCAGAGAUCAGCUGGUAUUUUUUAGGAGGAGUUAUGUUGCAAGAAGUGUAUAAAAUGGGUGUGAAACCAACAAUUGACGUUCAGUUCUGCAGAAUUGAUCCGGCUUUAUGCACUUGUACUAAUAAAGUCUGAUUUUCCUGAAGAGCUUGCUGCCAUGGUGUCUUUUCCCUCGUGAAGUUAUUUUUCAACAAAUUAGAGAUUGGACUUUGAAUUCUGUCGUUUCCUAUUU